CAUCGUACACGUUACACUUCAUAAUUAAUAUACUGUCCACCCUCUCCCUGGCCUACAAAUACCUGGGCGGACCACACCACAGCUAUGAUGUUCACGAAGUCUUUUAUGUCCUCAUUCUUCGCUCUCAUGUCCCUCCUUGCACUGGCGAUGUCCGUGCCUGUCCAGAAACGAGAUGUCUUCGUCCCGCCGGUCCUCGAUCCUCACCAGGGGACCGUUUGGUACGUUGGACAACAAGCAGAAGUCGUCUGGGACACGAGUAACGCCCCUGCACAAAUCACAAAUUCAGAGGGACAGAUUUAUCUCGUCGUAAACAACCUCAUCGAUUUCGACUACUUGUUGGCCAAUGAUUUCAAUAUUCUCGAUGGGAGUGUGAUGGUCACAGUACCGGACGUGCCGACUGGCAUUUAUGCCAUCGUCUGUAAUGUUUGGUGAUUCUGGCAACUUUAGCCAGAACUUCACCAUCAUAGCGUGAUCCCAUG